AUGAAUGGAUUUAAUAAAGAAAAUAAUAUUUUAAAAACAUUAAAUUUAUUUAAUCAAAUGAAACUUGAUGGUUUUGUAUUAGAUUUAAUUGCUUAUCUUUGUGUUCUAAAGGCUUUAUCGAAAAUUGGUGAUGAGUCAAUAUGUCAAAUUAAUUGUUACGGUGUAAGUGAAAUGAGUAUUCAAGCAAUUGAACUUUAUCGACUUGUGGAUGGAGCCCGUUCAAUAUUCAAAAAUAUUCAAAUUAAACCAGAGCAAAUUUAUGACACUAUGAUCAAUUGUCUUAGUCGUGCAUCCUUUUUUGAUGAAACACAAGAAUUAAUUGAUGAAUAUGAAUGUUAUCAUUCACCUGUAUCAACCAUGUAUUUUGAAAAAAGAUUUAGACUAGAUGUUCAAUCUAUUUUUCUUUAA